GCCCCGGGCCUCGCCUCGGAACGCUUCUCCCCGGAACGAGGCGGCGGGCGGGCGCGUUUCCCGGCGGGGCGGAGAGGAGAGAGCAGCUCCUUCCGGCCUGCUCCGACCGCAGCCAUGGCGACCAGGCUGCUCCUGCGGGCGUCGCGGCGGCUGCUGGCCGGGGCCGGGGCCGGGGCCGGGGCCGGGGCCGGGGCCGGGGCCGGGGCCGGGCGGGGGGCGCACGUCGCCCCGCCGCGCUGCGACAAGAAGCGCUGGCUCCGGGCGUACCUGGAGCAGCAGCGGCUGCAGGCGCCCCCCCAGCGGCGAUCAGAGAAGCCCAACUGGGAUUACCAUGCAGAGAUACAAGCUUUUAGCCACCGGUUACAUGAAAAUUUUUCUUUGGAUCUUCUCAAAACCGCAUUUGUUAAUUCUUGUUAUGUUAAAGCCGAAGAAGCGAGGCGCCAAGCACUUGGGCUAGACAAAGAAGCGGUUGCCCUGAACCUCCAAGAUAAUACUAAACUUUCAGAACAAGGGGAAUCUUUUUCACGUUCUUACCUCACACAGUGUUUUGAAGGCGCCUACCCAAAUUUACCUGCAAAGGGGAUAGGAGCACUUGUUGAUUUUCUUAACAGCCAGGAACUUGUGUCUUAUGUCGCUCAGAACCUGUCUAUACAGGACCUGACGCUUUGCGCAGAGUUUCCUGUCCCACCAGAUGUGCUGCAGAGGACGUUCUUUGCUGUAAUAGGAGCACUGCUUGAUAGCAGUGGGCCAGAGAAAACAGGGAUCUUUGUCAGGGACUUUUUAAUUCCUCAACUGAUUGGAAAAGACCUGUUUGAGAUCUGGGAAGUUACAAAUCCUAUGGGCUUGCUAGUGGAAGAACUGACCAAGAGAAAUAUCUCUUCUCCAGAACCAAGGAUUACCAGGCAGUCGGGAGUCAGCACUGUUCUGCCAGUGUACUUCGUUGGGUUGUACUGUGAUAAAAAGAUUAUAGCUGAAGGUCCUGGUGAAACACUGCUUGCUGCAGAAGAAGAAGCUGCCCGUGUGGCACUCCGGAAACUGUAUGGGUAUACAGAGAACAGGAGACCUUGGGAUUACUCAAAACCCAAACAAGGAUGGGCAGUAGAAAAGGCUAUCAGCAGUAACUAGAAAAUAAAAGCUACUUCUAGUUUAUUCUGAGAAUUCAUGGCUUCUGAGCUGAAUAUAAAUGCAUUUUGGAAAGCAAAUUUCAGUUUGAUGUUCUGAACUUAGGUGCUUGAAAUUUUCAAAUCAAAUGUGGUAUUAACAUUUUUUUUCUGACUUGAAAUAAAGUCUUUUGCACAAUG